UUUCUCCACCAGCGCACAGCGCCAUAUUCGCACUGCAGACUUUUGGGUUCAGUUGCAGCAAACUGUUUGACACUGUCGCACGGCUGGAGCCAAAAAAAAAAAAAAAAUUGGGAGAUCAAACUAACAAAAAACGGUUAGAUUGCAGCAACCAGACUCACGGAUAAAAUAUACGUCGAUUUAUGGUUACAGUGUAAAGUUAUUGUAUCACUCGCUUCAGAACCAGUGUCGAUACAACACCGGACGGACGAAUUUCAAACAUGGGCACAUUUUCGGCAUGGUCGAUCUUUCUGGUGGUCUCGCUGCUUGCUGUGAAAGUCCUGUCCCAGGAGUUUGGUGACUUUGACCUGUCUGAUGCCUUGGAUGAUGGCGAUGUCACUAAAGCGCCAACAGCAGCCACACCGAAACCCAAACCGGUUCCAUCGGGAGCAGACCUGGACCUGUCAGAUUUCUUUGGAGAGGGUGACAAGAUUACCACCACCAAGGCUCCUUCUAAGGUUCCUCCUAAAGUCCCAGCAACCAAGGCCCCGCUCAAACCCAAACCCAAACCAGCAGGUGAUGAGUUUGACCUGAGUGAUGCUCUGGACCCCAAAAACGACAUUGGAGGGAAGGACAAGAACAAGGGACAAGCAGAUAAAGGUAUCGGAGGCGGGGGCAAGGGUGCCGGAGCUUCCAACAACAGAGGGGGGAAUGGGGGUGGCUCCUUCUCGGACGAUGAUCUGUUUGACGUUGGAAAAGACAACACCUAUAACCCCGACAAAGGGAAAGGUGGACGCAAUGGUGGCCCAUCCACUGCUGAUGACAACAACUAUGACACCAUGGCGGAGACCGGAACCAUCGCGGGGAUCGUCAGUGCCGUUGGCGUGGCGCUGGUUGGCGCGGUUACAAGCUACAUCUCCUACCAGAAGAAGAAGUUCUGCUUCAGCAUACAACAGAGCCUGAAUGCAGACCUGGUGAAGACUGAUAACCCGGACGCUGUGGUGGCCACAGAACCACAAGAGCGACGUCAUCCAGUCGUUGCACUAGCUGUCACUCCAGCCCCACUGACCAGUUAGAAGUAAGAACGCAGGGCUCUUAUGACAUCGCAAUGUAAACAAUGUAUUCCGACUGUAGCAUUCACUUCAGAUACAUACUAACAAUAUGGCCUUCUGCAUGCACAGAAUCCACGCCUGAUUCACUAGUGCCUGUCAACUGAACUGAACUGCACACACACAAUUUACGCACGCACGCACAUAUGUAUGCGCAAUCACACACACAAAACACACAUUUGACAUGUAUGCGCACACACACACACACACACAGUCUUUGAAGGCCACUGGUUUUCUAACUAACAAUGAGCAUCUGAAUGUUGGACAAUCUUGGAUAAAUCUUAUACUAACAACAGAAAUGUGAUGAUUCCUACUGAGGCUUUCUAUACUGCUGCAGUUCUAUACUAUAUCUCACUGCUGUCUCUCACUCUCACUGGCAAUACAUUAUGGAACAACAUUCAUCAAUCAAUGAAACCCAAUAAAAUCAUUUGAAAAUAAAUAAAAACCCCAA